CAUUAAUUGAAUGGGAAGAUAAUGGUAGGCCUGUCGAACGAUUUACAUUUACUGCGUACUGGAAACAUUUUGACGAUAGAAUGAACACAUCCGUAUGAUAUUUUCUUGUUCAAUCGUAUACGGAGUUAACCGAGGAUAACUCAUGACGUGUUCUGGUACAUUUUUUUUAAAUUAAGCUAUAAUAGAAAUGUUUUCUAACCUGGACAUAACAUCGAUUGUUAAACCAAAUUGGGAUCAUUAAAAAGUGCGCUUUAAUGAAACUUUUUAUGAAGAUGAAUUCUGAAAACUUACGGCAGGAAAGAACAUAAUUUGAUUUACUAUGAAAUCUUAUCCUGUACUGCUGCUGUUUCCAUUAUUUUUAUUUGUAUUUGUCGCAGAACCAGUGGAUAUAGUAAAUGGCAAGUCGUACUGUUUCUUCGGUUCGUUCACAUUUCAAAACUUAUCCCGUGAAUGUUACGCUGUGGAGGGGCUAUACACGUGGAAAUCAUGCUGCUGUGAUUUGCUCGGGGAGUCUUGGGGUCCUCGGUGCGAAAACUGCCCUCAUGUAACGUCAGAUGAAUUUACUUCGUUAUGCAAAACAAAUAUAAAUGGUCAUAUUGUCAUAAACCAUCUUCUUCCAAGCAUUCUCUCUGCAGCACCACCAGUUCCAGAUAUACUACUCAAUGACUGUUCGAUAGAUGUGCCGGGGACAUCAUCAAUGGCAACUAAUUCCCAGGCUCAAGCAGCAUUCAAGACCUGUUGCUGUGAGAAUGGAUCAGAGAGGGUGAGAUGGCAGUCCAAGUACUUUAGUUGUCCUGCAUAUGGCCUAGAUACGUACCACUUUUUAUGUGGAUCACCUAUAGAUGUUGAGGUAAUUGAAGACAGUAUUGUUUCUAUUCAGAGUGAUUCAUCACAAGUUGUUGUCAUUGGUCCCUGUUUCAAAAGUGUGAGGCAGGUGAAGGCAGACUACUGGGCAUGCUCAGAAGCAAUGCCAGGUGAAUUCAGCCACACCGAAUGCUGUUGUCAGCAAGAUGCUAGAGCUUGGGGAGAUGAAUGCCAGUCAUGCGAAAUAUAUUCACAAGGUAGGUACUCAGCAAUGUGUGCAGGAAGACUCCAAAAUCCAACAUAUGAAGAAAAACCAGUUGCUCAGAAGUUGGCCGAGAGCUCAAGCAAUAUCUCACCAGAUGAGACUGAAGGUUCAUCCACAUUAGAGACAUCAACUGCAGCCCUGGACUUUAUCAGAGAUUAUUAUAAGGUUGAUAUUUUACAAGUAGAAGGUGAAUGUUACAUCAAUCAGAAAAGCAAUUCAACUGGUUUAUUUUGUUUUGAUGCGAUACCCACCAACAUGACAUUAGCAGACUGCUGCUGUCUGAUUGGGCAAGGCUGGGGAAGUCCAUGCCAAAAGUGCCCAGACACCAACUCAAGAUUGUUCUCAGAGCUGUGUAUGGCGGCACAAGGGUUUGGAGCAGCUCAUCGAGAUGUUCCAACAGAGAACCGGUAUCCCAUACCACCAUUCAUGUCAUCAGAAUCUGCCUCCAGUCUAUCGGUAAUGCAACCGCCAGUGGUACUGGCCCCUGAAACAGAAAGCCUAUCUACGUUAGUAGGAUUUGACUUGUGCUAUGAGUUGGUGUACUUUAACAAUGAUACCGCUGUCUGUGGUCUUGUCAUGACUUACCUGUUAACUUACACUGAAUGCUGCUGUGAUUAUCCUGGUAUUGGUAGAGGCUGGGGGCAAGACUGUUUGCAAUGUCCACUGACAAACACAAAUGAAUUUGAUGAUAUGUGUGGAUUUAGCGUCAGCUUUGAUCACUCAACCUACAUCAGCUUUCGUCCUGAGAUCCCAAUUCCUGAUGAGAAUUCAAAUCUGUUUGGUUGCUAUGGUUCCAUGAUGGUGAAGAAUACAUCAUAUGAUGCUAAGACUCAAUGUACCAACAAUAUGCUAGCGGCUCGUUCCAGUGAGCUGGACUGCUGUUGUUUGUUGAUUGGAGAAUCGUGGGGGGUGGACUGCAUCAUGUGCCCACACAUUGGUACAGAUGAUUUUGCUUUAUUGUGUGAUGAAGAUUACAGAGAAGCAGUUGAACAGGUUCCUAUUGAAGUGCCUUUGUAUGAGAGAUGCUAUGCAUCAUACAAUGAUAGUAAAGGUGGUCAUUGCGAAGGUAUCUUACAUUUUGAAAUAACGUGGCAGCAGUGUUGUUGUAUGGCUUAUGGUAAGGCAUGGGGCGGCUCAUGCUUUCCCUGUCCACCUAUUGGAACAGAAUCAUACAAGUCUAUGUGUAAUGUACCAUUGAUAUCCAUUGAUUACGAUCCAUCAGAUCUGUGUAGAAGGGAUAAUUGUUCACCUGGUCACUGUGAAGUAUUGAAUGGCAAUACUGAAGUGUGUUUUUGUCCGAUUGGCUACAAACAAGCCAAAUCCCGCAAAGGCCUUGUAUGCCAAGAUGUUGAUGAGUGUAUGCUACAGCAAGGGCUGUGUGAGCCUGGUGCAUGUUUCAACACACUGGGUAGCUACUACUGCUUCUGUCCCGAUGGCUUUGCUCAUUUCCAAGGAGAAGAACAUUGUAGAGACCUCAAUGAGUGCGCCUCCAUCGGUGAUCAGUGUAAUCCAGGUUACUGCGUCAACCUAGAGGGCAGUUUUGAAUGUCGUUGCCCGAUUGGAUUUUACUACAACAUGGAUCAAGUUAUGUGUGAUGACUUCAAUGAGUGUAGUGUGAAUGUGAUGCUGUGUUACCCUGGUAUUUGCCUGAACACUGAUGGAUCUUUCAAGUGUGUUUGUCCUUAUAACUAUGAGUAUGAUAUUAGGAGACAAUUGUGUAUUCCGAAGAGUAAAUUCACUUCAAUUGCCAUCAUGAUCCCUUCCAUACCUGAAAGACAACAUGCCCCCGAGCCUGCAGAUAAGACAAAAAGCCAACCAGACAAGGCCAUUGGUAAAGUCAGUGCACUCUCCAAAGGAGUGACUACAGAUGGUAACUGCAACGAAAUAGACUUGAUGCCAAAUCUUGCCGAUAUUUGCAAACCAUCUGUGAGGGUAAAUGUGACGUUAGAGUUCAUUGUUAAGCACAAUGUAACUAACAAUAAUGAGGAACUUUGGCUGAGGAAGCUAAUGGAGCUUCAUUUCAAGACAGAAAUUAAUGUCAUGGUAGUGAAAGAAAUCGAGGGCAAACCACAUGACCUGACCCACCCAUGGGAGGUCAAGAAGUUCUCGGCGUUUGUAAGUGAAAUGUGCACACAACUCCAUGUCGUUCACACUAACUUUGAAACGAUUGUCGAUCAUAUAAGAAACAAUUCCAAGACGCAAGUUUAUUUCAGUCUGACAGUUAUAAGAGCGAGUUUCUCAGAGUAUGUUGAUGAGACAGGUUUGGAAAUGAACUGCGAUGUCUCCAAGCAUAAUUAUUCGGAGACAUACUUCAUUGAAUCUGGAUAUUCCAGCUUCAUUUACAUUUCUGCUAACAACAUACUCUAUGUCCCAUCACAGGUCCAGUUUGAGAAAGUGCACCGAUUCAGCGAGUCUGGGAAUUCUUGCCAGGAAACGUCACUUUAUGUUUGUAGUAACGAAGAAAACCUAGAACACUGCCCUCCAUUGAUACUUAAUUCUACCAUAUCACUUAAUGCCACUCGCUCUACAUCGACUGAUAAUGAAAAUGGUGAUACCUCUGCUAAUCAGUCGAUGCUGCAUCCAAGAGGGCGUCCUGAUGUUUGUAGUUCGCUGAAGCGCGACAACAAUGUGAAAUAUAUGCCACCAUCGUUCUUUCCGAAAUAUUCCGAUCACAUGCAAGUGACUAUCAGUUGCAUCGGGAUCCUUUUGUCAUUAGUGGCACUCACCAUCACUUUCACUGUGCGAUGCCUGUUUCGAUCUUUGCGCACACUACUUGGGAAAAUUUUAAUGAAUCUUAUUGGUGCGCUAUUUAUUGGUCAGCUUGGGGUUUUACUUCAGGGUCAGGGCGUUACCUACCCACCCCUUUGUACUACUAUUGCAGCCAUCAUGCACUACGUUUGGCUGGCUGCAUUCUUCUGGAUGAAUGCUAUGGCCAUGGACUUCUUUUUUACAUUUGGGUCAAAGGUUAAACUCCGUAAACGGCACAGUAAGCGGAAAAUAUUACAGGCAUAUAUGUUUUAUGGGUGGGGUGCACCUUUACCCAUAAUCAUCCUGUGUCUGGUAAUCCACUUUGGCAGAUUUCAUAACCUUCGUUUCCGAUACGGCAGUGAAUUUGCGUGUUGGAUUUACGACGAGAAAUCAACAUUGCUUGCAUUUGGUCUUCCUCUUAUGAUCAUUUUAUUCUUCAAUAUACUUCUAUUUAUCUGUGCUGUGAUUGGUCUAAGACUAACCAAGGUCAACAAGGUCGGCGAUGUCAAUAAUUCACGGUUGAAACGCUUCAAAACAGAUCUUCUCGUCUAUGUUAAGAUGUCAACAUUAAUGGGUUUCACAUGGAUUUUUGGUUUCAUCUCCGCUUUCACCGAACUAGAAAUCUUCCGGUACAUAUUUAUUAUUUUGAACUCGCUGCAGGGUGUGUUCAUCUUUAUGGCGUUCACAUGCAACAAGCAUGUGCGCAAAGAAGUAAAGCGUUGUCUGAAUCGUGGACUGCAGAAUGCUGGUCGUGAUCAACGCAAGUCUUCUGCUGGAAAGUUUAAUAGCUCAGAGGCAACACGGCAAUCGGAAGAGCCAGUGAAAGGUACAUUAAGUAAGCUAACACAUUUGUAAUGUUAGUAUUUCAUGUUUUGAUGUAUUUCACCAUACCUCAACAUUUUUUGAAAUUGUUUUAAGAAUGUAAAGAUAUAUUUUUUUUAGAUUAAAGAUUUUUUAUAGUUUUUAGUUGUGGUUUAUAAAGAUUGUAUAUAAGGUAUAUCUACUUAAGUUGAGGUGAAAUUAUAGAAGUUAAUUAUAACCUACAACCCAUUGCGGGGUUUGAUGUAUCAACAUUUUGUAAUUACUGUACCGUAUAAAUUAAUGUUAUUUUAACUAAGGUAUCAACUUUGUAAUUUGUGCAAGGUUAAAGGGUAACAUGCAAGUAAUUUCAAUUUGUUAGCAUUUUACAACAAUAAUGGUCAUCAAAUUCAGAAUGUAGAUUAAUAUACAUUGACAUAUAAAAUAAAACUACUGAUGGCUGGACCUAAAACUUGCCACUUUUGGUAGGUCAGGUGUGUAGCCCAAUCACAGAAGGGAUAUUGCUGAGGAUGUUUUAAGAUAAUUUGCAGGAUUAAUAAGGGUCGCAAAAGUUAUCACACUGACACACAGACUACACUUACGAUAUGGAGAACGUUUGAAUUUUAAGACAAGAAGAAAAAUUCAAUGUUUUGUAACUGUACCAACUAUUUAUUUGGUGCUUGUUAUGUAGUUUAUUACAUAACCAUUACAAUUUUUACAGUUUUCUUGAACAAUCGUAUACAUAUAUUUAUUAAGUGUGUGAAUAUAAUAUAGAAGUUGAUAGUAUGACUGAAAAUGACAUUGUACAAAAUUUUAGUCAUGUAUUUUCUGUCAUCAUAUUCAGUUGUAUAUAAUAACUAUAUUAAAAUAGCACUAAUAACUUAUCCAAACAUUACUAUAGUUUAAAGUUUUCAAAAACUUACAAAAAAAACCCCCAGUAUAUCUCAGUUUAUUAUUAUACAAUUUCUGAUUCUUUCUUGUAUUUUGGGUAAUAAGACAAGACUUUUUUUAUAGCUUGUUUAGUGAAUUAGUGCACUCGCCAUCAUG